UUAAGGAAGAAAAUCAGAGAGAAUCUUGCACUCUUCCUCAACAAAUUAAGGCCACAUUCCCCAUACCUAUUUCAAAAUUCCAUCCACUGUACACAGUAGAGAGAGAAAGAGUGUGUGUGUGUGUGUGUGUGAGAGAGAGAGAGAGAGAGAUGGCUCUGGAGAACUGUUUUCAAGUAAGCACAGUAACCAGUGCUAGAGCUAGUAUUCUCCAUUCUCACCAUGCAUUUUGUUCCAAGGAAAUGCUUAAUUUGGCCACAUUUAAAGGACUAAAAACUUCCACCAUAUCAUUGUCUUCCUCAUCCUCUAACCGUUCAUUCAAUCACAAAUCUCGCGUUGUCUGCAAAGCCCGCGAAGCUGUGGAUGAAGUUCAAGUUGUGACGGAUUCGAGCUGGAAUAAUCUGGUAGUUGGCAGCCAAACCCCAGUUCUAGUGGAGUUCUGGGCGCCAUGGUGUGGACCAUGCCGGAUGAUUGCACCGGUGGUGGACGAAUUGGCGAAAGAAUACAAGGGGAAAAUUCUGUGUUACAAGCUCAACACAGAUGACUGCCCCAGCAUAGCAACACAGUAUGGAAUCAGGAGCAUCCCAACGGUCUUAUUUUUCAAGAAUGGAGAGAAGAAAGAGAGCGUCAUUGGUGCAGUGCCCAAGUCCACCCUUACUGCUACUAUUGAGAAAUAUUUGGAGAUCUGAAAAACUGCUGUGUUCACUUGGGGAUAUUUAUGUAAUUAUACAAGCUCCUCUCUGUUUAUUGUUGAAGGUUGAGAAUAUGCAUAUGGUCUUUACUGUUUAUAGAAUUCAUUCAACCUAUUAUAAGGGACUCUUUCUAACCA